UCUCUCUCUUCCUCUCCUCUCCUCUCUCUCUCCCUUCCUCUGCUCUCCUCCGCGGCGCUGCUGCUUCCUCGCCACGCUACAGCUGAGCGAACCCCACCCAAUCCAAUCCCUCUCGUCUUCGCUUCCUCCUCCGCGCCGGCGCCCGCCGCUCGCCGGAGCCCAGGUAGGAUGGAGGAGGAGCCGCUGGCCGCCCGCGCCGGGAGGUAGGGGCGGGGGGCGCGGCCGAUCGGCGGGGGUGGGAGGGAGGGGAAUGAGGGCGCCGCAGGAGCGCACCAUGAGGGAUCUCUACGAUCGCACGCGCCACAAGGAUCUCGCGGCCCCCGAGGAACCAGCGGAAGGGCGCGGCGGAGGACGCGCGGAGGGGUCGGGGCACCGCGAACUGGUCGCCAGGAUGGAGGACAAGGCUGCGGUAAGGAAAAGAGUGGUAUCAAGCAACAACCCUUGUGUGAAGGCAGAGUCAGGCACAUGUAAUGUCUGUUAUGCUCCUUGCUCCUCUUGUCUACACCGAAGUCUUGCAGUUGAGGAUUCGAAUGCUGAAUGUGCAUCAUCUCAAACAUGCUCCACAAGGUCAGAAGUAAGAAACAAUUCACUUGUUCGUAAUGAGAAAGGGCUCCGCAAUAAAGGAGGAGAAAACGACGAUGAGUUUAGUGCAACCUCAGGUCAUGUUUCUUACUCUGCAACUGGUGGAAAUAAUAAAGUGUUCGCAAGAUCGUCCAUUGCAGACGACUCUUCAGAGGUUGACAUGCCAGCAAAACGUAGGAGGCUAUUAAAUCAAGAUACAAGACUAUCUAGAGCAGAACACCAUGAUGACAGCAACUCGUGUGUUACUGGUACAUCAGCAGAAGGCAAGGUUCACGUGGAUAGGAAAAAACUGUCGACUUCUGCAUCCAGUCGAGAUUUGACUGCUAAUGAUUAUAAAGACAACAACAUGGCAUGCCACAGCAGGUUAAGAAAUCAAUGUGUUGAUGAAUCUAAGAAAGGAUCCGAUGUUCGUGAUUUGCAUCCUAGUGCAUCUGGUAGAUUGUUUCCUGCAGAUUCUCCUUCUAUUUCGACCAAAAAGUUGCUGCGAACCCAGUCUUCUGCCAGUGCUUCGAGCAGAUUAUCUCCUAAGAAGCAAGAUCAUGAGUCUGGGAAAGCACAAGAUAAUUUAUCUCAUCAACCUUGUGAAAAGGUUUCUCUUUCAAAGAAUAACAUAGAACAGCGACGAGGUGGAAAAUUGAACCCCUGUGUACCUGAUGGUGACAAGCAGGUCACGCUGGCAGGUUACACUAACGGAAAUCAAAAUAAAGGCGGAUUCUCAUCGAAGGAUCUGGACAAUGGAACCUUAUGCCCAAAAGAUGAAAUUCUAGAACAUGCUGGCAUCCAAUCUAAUGAUGGUGUUACUAGGAACGAUGGUGACAAACAAGAUUGGGAUCAAGAUUGUUCAAUGGAUAUAUGUAGUGAUGGAAAGUUGAAUAUAGAACAUGAUAUGACGACAGAUGGGGGGAAUUCGGAAGGCUUGAUAGAUGUUAACGUUUGUGAUAUAUGUGGAGAUAUUGGUAGGGAGUAUCUUCUGGCUACAUGUACGAGAUGCCUUGAGGGGGCGGAGCAUACUUACUGCAUGCGAGUGAAGUUGGAUAAAGUUCCCGAUGGUGAAUGGUUAUGUGAAGAAUGCCAGCUUAGGGAAGAUCAGAACAAUACAAAAAGUAACCAUGGUGUCACGGCGGUUAAUAUGUCUGAAGGAAAGAACCAAAGUUCAGAAAGUCGAAGCAAGCCUAAGGCAUUGCAAAUUGUUGUGCCUGAAUUGGAUGCUCCGCAAAGCACAUGCAGCACACCAACAGCUGAUCAGUGUGAUGGCAAGAAUAAAAAGUUGCAUUUAGCUUCAGCUGAUACACAAACACGGAAAGUUAAGGUUGCCACCCCAGCUGCUGAAAGACUGGAUGUGAAGAGCAAAAAAUUGUUGAGCAUUGCAAACCGUAACAAGCUGCAAGUUCUUACAUCUGAUUUGGACGCACGACCACACACUUAUGGAACACCAACGGCUGGAGGCUCAGACAAGAAGAGUCAAAAUUCAGAAUUUUUGUUAAACCGCAAGAAGUUGUGGGUUUCCACUGAUAUGGAGUCACCAUUAUCAAGUGAAGGACUACGGAGUCCGCCUAUAUCAUGUAAGAGACAGGUUGAGAAUACUUCAUCCCCUAAGCCUAGGCUCAUCAAGACGGACAGCCAUAGAAAACAUGAUGUCAUCUCUCGUGAGAACUUGUUUAAGAAAUCAAACAAGGGAGGUUUAACUUCAGUUGAUAAUGCCCCAGUGAGAACUACUCAAGCAGGCAAAAGUUCUCAGGUCUUGUCACGGUCAUAUUCUUUGGGAAACAUGGUGAAUGCUAAAACACCAGUUCCCUCGCCAAGAGGUUUAUCAAAGCAACUGUCUUUCAACAACACCAACAAUGGGCCAAAGGUCAAGCAGUUGGUUGAAGGGGCGGCUAGCAAGUUGAGACCUGCGAAAUAUUCCCCAAGAGAUCCUAGAGAUAAGGGCCCCAUCAGAAAGCUUGUACAAUCUGGAUCUUUCAAACGCGAGGGUUCAGUUUGCUUAGAUUCUGGCUCAUCAAAACAAAAGCAAACAUUUCAUCUGUCUCAAGAUGAAAAACCAGUAAUAUUGAAGCCAGUGAAGGAAAAGAAUUUAAUAGAAAGAAGAGCUUCCUUUAGUUUCAAAAAACCAAACAUUCCUUCAUCUCCAAGGCCUGACAGUUGUAUGAAGUUAGGGGAAAGAAAAAUCGACCAGGAUAUUUCAAAGUCUGUGCCAAGCAUACUUAAAAGUAGUAAAAGACCUGGAAAUGUUGAAAAGAAACAGAGCUCUGAUUUGUCAAAGGGUGACAAUGACAAGCAAGAUGUUACUGUGCAUCCAAAACCAAUGGGAGUUGUUUCUGGUAAAGAUACACAUGCAAUGAAGAUAUCUGAUCCACCAGUUCCAUCCCAAUGUGUCAAAACGGAUAGCUCAAAUAAUGUUGAGGAUGAAGAUCUGUUCGUUUCAGUGAAAAAUGGUAACAGAAUGCCAAAUGGGUCUGCAGAGGUGGUUCCCACUAUAUCUACUGCCACAACUUGCGAAUCAGAUUUGCGAGAUGUGGCAAGAGCAAGCACCUGCGAAGAUUCAGCUCCUAAAGUGGUAUGCUUCCAACAAAAGCUUUUGGAAAGCGCAGGAGAUGACUCCUGUAAUAUUGUAGAGGUGGCUCAAGCUUCAGGAGAUAUAUUGAACGAGACUCCACAUGGUGUUCAGAUGGCACACAAUCUAUACCCCCCUGACCACAAAUUUGAUAAACCUGAUUUGAAGCGGGAAGCUUUUGGUGAUCAAUCUUCAGCUCUUGAAAAUCCUUUAGGAGACUUAGUUAUUCCAGAGCUGUCUUACAUCUGGCAGGGUAGCUUUGAGGUUUCAAGACAUGGAAAUUCCCCUGAAAUGUUUGAUGGGUUUCAGGCUUACUUGUCUACUUGUGCCUCGUCCAAAGCACGCGAAGUAGGUGAACAAUUACCUGACAAAAUUCAGCUAGCAGAAGUCCCACGGCACUCCUCAUGGCCGCUGCAAUUUAAGGAAGUAAAUCCAACUGAAGAUAGUAUUGCUCUUUUUUUCUUUGCUAAAGAUGUUGAAAGUUACGAGAUGGCAUAUGGUAAACUCUUGGAAAACAUGCUUCUUGGUGAUUUAUCCCUUACUGCAAAUAUUAGUGGCACUGAACUUCUCAUUUUUCCGUCUGAUAAAUUGCCAGAGAGGAUUCAACGUUGGAAUGGCUCGCUUUUCUUUUGGGGCAUUUUUUAUGCCCGGAAAGCAAGUAGCCCACCAGAACUUCCUCUGACUGAGAGAAAUAAUUGCCCAUUAGAACAAGUCACUGGACCUGUUAUCCAGCAUGAUAUGGGUUCCCCUAAGGCACUUCAAUCUUUGGGUAUAGAUUUGAACGAGUGCCCCAAUGAUGAUAUAUCUGACCCAGCUAUUUCACUUGGAUCAGAGAGCGAGAAGUCUGGUGCACCUGUAGAUCAUAAAAUUUUGUUGGAGUCCAAACAUGAGGAUAGGAAGCUGAAUGCAAGUGAAAUACAUCAUGAAGUAACUGCAGGCACAAAAGAAAUUGUACUGGAGCAUCCUACUGCGGCUCCCUAUGGAACUCAUCCUCCCACAUUAUCAACAGGAGAAGGUCAUGACAUCAUUCCAGACUAUCCAACUGCUGCAAAAGGUAGCACAAGAACAGCAGGUAUAAACAAAAUGGAGGAAGAAGAUCAGGAUGAGGCUGUCUUCUGUGUUGCACAGAAACCAGGUGCAAUCAGGUCAAUCUCAGAGGAGAUAAAACCUAAGAAACGUGGUAUUCUUCCCACCAUAGAAGUAUCAAAACUCCAUUUUACUGGAUCAAAGAUAUGUGGUGGUCCAAGAGAAUCAAUCCCAAAUUCAGAUAUGGGUUCUUUGGAUCCUGAUCUCACCUACAAAAGACAGAAGACUUCUUAUGGAAAAAAUUCUACUUGCAGUUUUGGAGAUGAAAUGCCACCUAGCAAAUGCUUGUCCAAGAUGCACCCCUUACCGGCUGGACAGCAUACACCAUUUGAUGAUUUACAGUAUAGUUACAGGGGUCCCUCAGAUCCUGGCUCCCUUAAAAAAUCGGUACCUGAUCAUAUAAUCCAUGUUCUUUCAUCUGACGAUGAAGAUUCUCCAGAACCUAGUACUAGCUUAAAUAAGGCAUCACUGAAGGCAGAUGAGAGCUCCUCCCCUUUAUUGUCACUUUCCCUAUCUAUGGUGGCAUCGAAGCAUAAUCUUUCUGGUUCAGAUAUUGUAGAUGAUGAACCACUGUCUCUAUCUCUUGGGCUCCCUAGUGUUGUGGAAGGGAGUAGGGCUCUGGAGAUGAAGCAAUUUCUGCCGGAGAAGCCAGGCAUAAACACUUAGUGUUUUUUAGGUUUGCGAGUGUACAGUUUUGUGCUAUGUUUAGCUGUAUGGAGUUUAGACAGGGUAGAAGUAUGGUAUAGCUUUUAAAUUAUGAACAUUUUGCCUUUUUUUCUCAGUGUUAUAUGCAUCUGCUGCUGUUGAUAGUGAUGCUGGUCUGAUGAUGUUAUUGCCUACCGUAUUUUAUGUGAUAUAUGGUGUUAGUUUCCCAUGAACUCUAUUGGUAUGACGUAAAAAGGAUAUAUCAGAAUGUGGAUGUCUAUAAAUUCAA